AUGGUAUCAUUUAAUAAUGAUCUAUUAACUAUUCUGGUACUUAUUUGUAUAUCAUGGGCUGGUCUAACAUGUAUUGUAGCUUUUAUUAUUAUUAUAUUUUUAUUAUGUAAAAAAUGUCGUCAUACUACGUCUGUUAGUCCCAUUCGAACACCAUCAAUAAGUUCAUCAGUUUCAAUCACUAAUCAUUCUCCAUUGAUUUCUCGUGUGCCAACAAAAUAUCCUAUUAUAAAUGGUGAUCGAAAUCAAAAGCUCGAACCACAACGACGUCCUUACAAUACAAUGGAUUCUAUAAAUGAGCAUUCUUUUUCUCCGCGCAAUGUCAAAAAUAAAUAUCCAGAUGAAGAAGAAGAAGAUUACAGAUACAAUAAAGGUAAUGAAACAAUAAGAACAAUAGACGAAAGUCGAGUAUAUGAUCAACGUCAUCAAAAAAGACAAUAUCAAUUACAAAAGCCAGUGGGAAAUAUAAGAGUUCUCGAUCGAAAUACACCAUAUCCACCUGAUGUUAUUGCCCGUGAUAAACGAAUGCAUAAUAAUCGUUAUACAAUGGAUGAUAAAUUUUAA